AAGUCUGUUACAGACCAUGAGAAAAGCAGUUUCAAGAUUUGGAGAAAUGAGAGUCAGGAAUUUCUAUGCAAUACCAAGCUUGAAAUUGAAGCAAAGGAAGGAUCUUUCUACUUAAGCUGAUCUUAUAAAUUGCAGAAGGAAAUUCACUAUUGCAACUAAGAUAUUAACUGCCACUUUUGUUGUGUGAGUGAAUAAUGGCCAGCAACAAUGAAAAACUUUCUGUUAGUAUUGAGAGGUCAGAGAAAAAAAAGGUGAUCGUAGAAAAUCCAAAUGAAGUUAGAGGAAGCAGUACUGCCCCUGCUGUUAUAGUUGAUGAGCGUGAAAGGUCUACUGUGACCACAGAGAGAAGUCCGAAGUGGUUUCUACCCAUACUAGUUGAGGUAGCAGAAACCCAUCAAACUAGAACCAAGGAGCUUAUGCAUAAGGUUCCAACAUUCCUAAGAAGCAUUGAAAACCACAAAGGCUGCUUUGAUCCAAUGGCUGUCUCCAUCGGUCCUUACCACCAUGGGAAGAAGGAGGUAGCAAAAGUGGAGAAGCUUAAGGCUGAAAUAGCAAAGGACUUCAUCGGCGAAGACAUUGAAAAAUUAGAUUGGUUUGAAGAGGUAGCUCGCAAUGCAAGAGCAUGUUACUACUACGAUGAUGAGGAGGAAGGCUCGUUGAACAAAUGGAAGGAUGAUCAAUUCACACGCAUGAUGUUCCUGGACGGUUGUUUCAUUCUAUAUAUCAUUUCUUGUCAAGGGGAUAACAAACUCAAUAGUAAUACCAAGCUGAAGCCUUAUCAAAUGGCCUUCGUUUCUCGAGACUUGUUUCUGCUAGAGAAUCAGCUACCCUUUCUAGUUCUUGAGGAAUUGAUGAAGUUGAAAGACAAGGUAAAUGAUUGGCAUCAACGCAUCCAAAAAUUUGUAACAAAUCGAACUAACCUCUGCAGCAGCAACACCACCAAGUCUUUCGUCGAUCAAAAUGAUGAUAGACAUGCUCACCUCCUUGACCUACUCCACAAGACGCUCUCUGGUGUAGGAAAGGACAGUGGAUCUCAGCAAAGAAAUAAUGAUUCGCAUACAUUCCGUUCUGUGAUUGAGCUUAAAGCAGCUGGGAUUAGGUUCAAGAAAAGCAACCAUGGAGGGAACUUAGAAGAUGUCAAGUUUGAACUUCAUUCCUGGUACGGAAAUGUGUUUCUUCCUCCUCUUAUUAUUGAUGACUUAACCAGAUCUAGUUUCUUGAACUUAGCAGCAUAUGAAGCAUGCCCUGAUGGUCCCAGUGACUCUCUAGUUACUUCAUACAUUUGUUUCCUUGAUGCACUCAUUGAUAGAGCUGAAGAUGUGAAAGAGCUGCGCUCAAAGGGCAUACUCCACAAUCUCCUUGGCAGUGACGAAAAAGUGGCUGAACUCUUCAAUGAAUUGGCAAACCAAUUGGUGCCAAGUCAAAGUACCCAAUAUAGUAUUGUUAUGAACGACAUUGAGAGGUUCUACAAGCUGAAAUGGUUCAGAUGGGCACGCGAAUUUUGCAGCACACAUUUCAGAAGCCCCUGGACUGCGUUUGCCUUAUUUGUUGGAGCAGCUCUUAUCCUUCUCACCUUUGUGCAGACUUACUUUGCUGUUUUCCCAGUAAAAGGAGAGGAGGAGAGGAGAGCUCCGAGGACAAUUCGUUACAGCUAGCUAACUCAUAAUGUUGCAUCUCUGUCUUACUAGCUCUGCUGUGUGUAUUUUGUGUGCUUUGAGUUUAAAGCUGAGGUUUUAUUAUGUUCUGUUUUACCAGUCAUAUAUGGUGGUUGAUCUUAUGCUUUUUAUUAAUGAUUGUUUGAGUCCCUUAUGUUUUGGUUGAUAAUGUCAGUAAUAUAUAUGCUUCACUUUGGUUUGCAGUUUCA